AUGCAAGAGCGAAUGGUUCUAGUCAGACCAGUGGCUGUCACAGUGCCAAACGGAGUAUUUGCUGCGCUCGUGUUGUUUUCACGAGCGUUUGUGAUCCUUGUUAUGAUGUUACGAGCUGCAGCUGCUGAACGCAAUGCUGGACCCAUAUCUGAUGUUUUGCGUAGAUAUCUAACUGAUGAUAUGAAAUUACUAGAAAUUGCUUCCGGAACCGGACAGCAUGUGAUUAAAUUUGCUGAAAAAUUUCCUGGGGUCACUUUUCAACCGUCUGAAAUUGAUGCUCGGUCUCUUCACAGUAUUGUUGCCUAUAUCGACCAUUAUAGACUUGGUAAUGUUCGGGUGCCGUUGUUUAUUGAUGUAACGAAACCGGUCAGUCAUUGGGCAUUACCGGGAGAUUACGGUCCACAAGCGGUGGAUGUUAUACUCAAUAGUAACAUGAUUCAUAUCAGCUGCGAUGCCGCUGUUGAAGGCCUUUUCAAUGCAGCGGGUGUGCUUCUGAAAAGAGGUAGUGGUCUGCUCAUAACUUACGGGCCAUACGCAGUAGAUGGUGUCAUCUCUCCUCAGAGCAACAUCGAUUUUGAUGCUGGUUUGCGAAGUCAGAAUCCUGAAUGGGGAUUACGAGAUACUAGUCACUUAUCUAGGUUAGCCUCAAGUUGCGGUAUGACAUUGGUAGCUCGACACGAUAUGCCAGCGAAUAAUCAUAUGCUGGUGUUUAGUAGAGACUCACAAGACAUUAGCCCUUGACCUUGUAUCCUGUAUCCUGCCAAGAUGACUGAACUUUCAUGAAGUGCUCAAGUCAGUGCGAUCUAGUGCA